GGUAAUGCAGGAGAGUAGAACAGAACAGUGUACAGCAAGUAGCAGGCUGGAGCUGAGCUGUGUUAGGCAGAAGACAAGCUAAGGAUGUGACUGUUACCAAAUAAAAGUAUAUGGACAUUUAGGGAGGAACAUGUAAGAAGUAGGGAGAAUGAUGUGAUAUGUGAACUUUGGGAUCCUGCACUUUUUCCUCCCUUGAUCCAGCACAGCUCUAUGACGCAGGCAGAGCUCCACAGCCUCCACUAGUCUGCAGCCCAUUCCCUGAGCAGUUCCGAGGAGUUCAUGGCACCGUGCAAACAGGGAGAAGAGAAAGAGGAGAAUGAAGGGGAUGUGAGAGGGAAGAUGCGGAGUAACAGCGACUCAGAGAGGGCUGCAUCCAGUCACCCUCUGCUAAAGCUCCCCUGAGCUGGACUGCAGCAUGUCAGCAAAGUCUAAGGGGACAUCCUCACCGACAGAGGGGCAAGCCUCCAAAGCCAAGGUGAAAGAACAGAUCAAGAUUAUUGUGGAUGAUUUGGAAUUAGUCCUGGGAGACUUGAAGGAUGUAGCUAAGGAACUUAAAGAGGUGGUUGACCAAAUAGACACUUUAACGUCGGAUCUGCAGCUGGAAGAUGAGAUGACAGACAGCUCAAAGACAGACACAUUGAAUAGCAGCUCAAGCAGCACAACAGCUUCCAGCUUAGAUAAGAUUAAACUCCGAGCUAAUGCACCUUUAAUAACCCCACCUGCACACCCCUCAGCCAUCCUGACAGUACUCAGAAAGCCCAAUCCACCCCCGCCACCUCCACGGUUAACUCCAGUGAAAUUUGAAGAAACGCAAAGGUUAAUUAACUCAUCCAAUACUGGGAAGAAUAAUGGAAUGUUGCUUCGGAAUGGUGGUUUGCCAGGGGGAACUGUCAAGCUUCCUAAUGGUGACAGAUGUACAAUUCAUACUAUAAAAGUGGAUAAAAUGACAGGACAGCAGAUAACACAUAGACCAGAAAAGGACCGUUGUACUCAGGCUUCAACGAAAGAACGUGUACGUUUUAGUGAAAAUGUUCUCUACCAUGGCUACUGCCCGGACUGUGAUGUGCGAUCUGAAGUGAGGAACAAAGAUGUACAUCUACAUGAGGAAUCUGUUAAUCUGACGGGAAAAAUCCCCCAUCACUGUCCUUUACCGCCACCACCCACACCUCCAUUUCCUAUUGAAAACGGUGGCCUGGGAAUCACCACCAGUAGCUGUCACCCUCCAUUAAAGCCUGGAAAUCAGCCUCCGCCAACUGCACCAAAACCACAAAAAACUAUAUUGAGGAAAUCAACCACUACAACUGUGUGAUAUUUUUUUUUUACAUUUAGAUUUUUAUUAUAAUAUAUAUUAAAUAUUUGAUAAUGAGCACUUUAAAGCAAUAAAAAGCCCAGAUACUACCCUCCUAUCUCCAGAAGUGUCAUAGCAAUCACUUGAGAGCAUAUUUUAUGUGAACAUACCUAAAUGGACCCAGGAGAUGUACUACGUUUGGCUACGUGGGCCUCAUACUGAAUACGACUAUGGAUCUGCAGUCAAUUUACAGUACGUGUUAGCAUCAUCCAACAGUCUAAGACAUUCCUGCUUAUAAAAGCUGAGGUCCAUGACCACCACGGCUCCCCCCUUAUCGGCUCCCCUUAUGAUAAUGUCUUGACGUUUACUUAAAUCAUUCAAGGCGGACCUCUCAUCCCCCGAAAGAUUAUGAUGAACAUAUGGGGCAUUCGCAGGGGGUUCCUGGCUACAAGUGUCCAACAAUCGGGACCUCCCGGCGCAGACUCACGUGAUCUCACUGUUUCCGGUGACGUCAGGGUCCUGAACCCGGAAGUAGCUGUUGGCGUCUGUGGACUGCGUCCGGUGGCGGGCGGGGAACGGGCGGCAUAUCCAGAGACAGAAGCGAAUACCUUCAAUCAGCUGCUCCUCCAUAGUUUACCUACAUUUAUGUUCUUCAGUGUGACUCCUACGUGGUGAAGAAGUGGAUAUAUAGAUAACAAGAGACUCUAUCUCAACCACCGGAGUCACAGCACAAUGAAUGGAUAUUUUCCAAAAAUAUAUCUUUGUUUUUAUGGCCAUUGACCUAAAUGAUUCACAGCGUUCAGGUUUCCUAUGGAAAGAAAUGUAAAACAAGUUAACCGGUCAAGAACUGCUGCACUUUUUCCAGAGCAUAUGAAGCUGAAGGACAAAUAUUCAAUUUAUCUGGCAUCAUUGAGCCCUAUUGUUUUCGGAAAACCACAAACAGUAUUAUUGAUUUGUUUUAUAAAGGUCUGGAUGCUUUUAAUUACAGUUGAGGGAAAAAUCUCUUCUGUACUAUUUAAAGCCAUAGAGGAAGAUGAAGCUGACAUUUGGGAAGUGCUGUAUCUCUUUCUCUGAAUACAUUAACAGCUGUAUUACCACAGUUGUGGAUUGAAUUCAAUGCUCGUCAUAUAUCUGCACUGUCAGUUCUAUUCAGGGUAAUGAUAUGUGCCAUCCUUUGCACAGAUGGACAGAAGAUUUCAUAGCUCAUAUUUCAGGGUCUGGUAAGACAAAUUGGAAUAUUUUCGUUACAUGGACGCCUCAUCUUUCCCACCCCAAAGAGAAUAUUUUCUUUUAUCUAUACAUAUACUGUACUUAUGUUUCAAAACCACAAAGACACCAGGAGGAUGAGUAUAAAUAGGUCUAUUCAAUAGGGUGGGAUACUGCCAGUUCAGCCUUUGAUCCAACAUGAUACUUUAUGUAGUGAGUGUUUUAGGCUUUAUCUCACUUUUUUUAUACAUACAGUAAGCUUGCAUUUAUGUGCUCUAAAAUAUUAUUUUUUAUAAAAUAAUGAAUCUGCCAAGGAUUAAAAAAAUAUUUGUUUACAGAAAAACCAGCUAAAUUUGUUAGUCUUGAAUUGAAAACAAUAGAACAUUUUUCAUUUAUUUUUUUUUUGCUUAUUUAAUUUCUUUCAUUGAAUUACAUAAUGGAUAAUAAGCCUUUAUCUCUUUUAUUUAUUUUAGAAAUGUAUUAUUUGUGGAACCUACUUCCAUCCUUUUCUGUUGUGUUAUAAAAUGUAAAAACAAAGAUUAUUUUUUUAAGUGCGGAAAAAUCUUGCCAUGUCAGGUCAUUGCAAUUUUCAGGCUAAAAGCUUUAAUAUAAAUACUGUGUACCAUAAUGUCAAAAUAUACUGUAAAAUUAUAUCAUAUAUUUCUACAUGCUUACCUGUAAAAAUUGGAAAAAAAAAUAUUUUUCGCUAUACAGAUUCAGUAAAAAUUAUUUUGAUAAAAAGAAAAUGAUGGAUUUAAGAUAGAAGGUAUAAAGAAUAAGUAUGGGUGUAUUUUAUGAGGUUGUAAUAUCCAAUAAAACGUUAAUUUACAUGUAGCAAAAAUAUGAAUGAAAGCUUGAAGAUUAUAUUUUUAGUUGAAUGCUAUCUAGUAAGUUUUAAACCCUUGUGUUAACAUAUAGAUUUUUUAUAUAUAAUUGUUUUGUUCCUUAUCCUACUGGUAGAAUAAAAAAUAACACAAAUUAAAAAUAAAAUAAAAAAAUUAAAUCACUUUUCAUGGUUUAAUAGCAAAACAUACUAUUGAUUUUCCUAACCAUAAAGUCAAGAUUCUGUGGAAUUGGAUUCUUUAUGUACUGAGCAGCAGGCUGUAUGGUCUAUCAAAUUAACUGUCAUCUAGAUGGUGAGUUUACAAUUCUUCAAACUGAUUUAUGUGACACUUAGAACUGAACUUAGGACCACAAUUACCAUCACUCAAUAGAACAUCAUUUUAUCAUUUUGUAGUACUUUUUAUGUCGACUUUCACCAGAGUAUGAUUGACUAGAAGUCCUUAUAUUCUUACUUAGAAAAUUAUUGGAAUAAUAUGAAGAAUGACUGAUUACUUAACAGGCUAAAAAUAAUCAGCAAAUAUAUUGUAUAACCAGAAAGUGUAUAAUGAAAUAUCAUUGCAUACAUAUGUAAUUUUACAACUAUUUUGGAAUAAAUUUGAACUAUAACUUUUUCAUCUAAA